UUCUGCACCUCGCUCAAUAUCACGGCCGUCAGUCACUUCAUCAUGGACCUGCCACUACGCUAUUCAUCUUCCAACGGUACCGUCCGGUGGACCAAAUUGGGAGCCGGCCCGCCCCUUGUCUUCACUCAUGGGACGCCCUGGUCGUCCUUUGUAUGGCGGGACAUCGCCGACGCCUUCACGUCCACACAUACGGUCUACCUCUGGGACAUGCCGGGUUACGGGCGCUCGGACAAAUACGAUGGGCAGGACGUCUCUCUGGGCGCCCAGGGUAAGCUCUUUGCAGAGCUACUCGCGCACUGGCGCUCAGAGCAGCAGGGGCAGCAGCAGGAGCAGCAGCAAUGGGUUCCCAUCGUCAUCGCGCACGAUUUUGGCGGCGCCGUGGCCCUGCGCGCGCACCUUCUUCACGGAGCGCGAUACGCAGCGCUCGCGCUCGUGGAUCCCGUCGCGGUCGCGCCCUGGGGCUCGCCCUUCUUCCGGCUCGUGGGCGCGCACGCCGGCGUGUUUGCGCAGCUGCCGGCGAACCUGCACGGCGCGCUGGUGAGGGAGUACAUCUCCGGCGCGAGCCACGCGGGCCUACGGGCUGAGACGCUGGAGGCGCUGGCCAAGCCGUGGUGCGACGGCGACGGCCAAGCGGCGUUUUACCGGCAGAUUCAGCAGGCGGACGAGCGGUUCACGACGGAGCUGGAGGGCCGGUAUGGGGAGGUGCCGCUGGCGAUGGUGAUGGCCGAGGAUGGGACGGGGGAAAGCGAGGAUGGGAGCAACGGGAAGAGUCGGACACGGCGGGUGCUGCUGGUAUGGGGGACGGAGGAUUCGUGGGUGCCGGUGGAGAGGGGGAGGGAGCUGAAGCGCAUGAUGGGCGGCGAAGAAGGGGCGGUGGUGCUGAGGGAGAUUGAGGGCGCGGGACACUUGGUGCAGAUGGACAGGCCGGCGCAGCUGACGGGCGUCUUGAUGGAGUUUGUGAGCGCUCUUAGUGGUGGUGGUGUUGGUAACGGUCUGAGACGAGGAGGAGGAGGAGUGUGAUGCUCGAGUGGUGUUUUGGUUGUUUGUGUGCGUUCAACAUAACGAGUGUCUCGCGUGUAAGUUGGCGCCCAUCCGGCCGCCGACGAAGGUUGCAGCAUGCUGUCCCCUCGCCCGCAUGUCCUGAAACGACACGAUGAUAAGCCGUAAAUGGCACCAUGGCUUGCUGCAUGUACCGACCGCAUCGCCCGCGCAUUACAGUGC